ACUUUAAUGCUUCAGUUGGAUGGUUUUCCUACUGGAGACGCUGUUAAGGCUGAUCGAUCAGCUGGCAGACUGACUGGAUCUAUGAUGGAGCUGCAGACGCUACAGGAGGCUCUGAAGGUGGAGAUCCAGAUCCAUCAGAAACUGGUGUCCCAGAUGAAGCAGGACCCUCAGAACGCAGAUCUGAAGAAGCAGCUCCACGAACUGCAGGCUAACAUCACAGCACUCAGCGAGAAGCAGAAGAAGGUGGUGGAGCAGCUGAGGAAGGAGCUGAUGAAGCAGGAGCCGGAGGGGAAGCUGUACCUCCAGACUCCUGCAGGAGGAGACGUGAAGCAGAGCCCUCAGCAGCACAUUGCCAAGCUGGCAGGCAGAAAGCAGAGCCCUGAGGAGGUACUGGUCGUUCUGGCUGAAGAUAUCGGGGCAGACAUUUAUCUGGUCGACUCAGCGUCGGACGGCGAGGACCUCCUGCAGCCGGAGCGACGCCCGCACAGCCGGCACUCACAUCAUGAUGUUCCACCAGUGGAAAGUGAUGAAGAGUACGAUCCUAAAAUGGCUUCUGCUCCCACCUCACAUCCUCAGCCAUCAUCUUCCUCACCUGGAUCUGAAUCACCCAAAGACACGCAGUCCAAAGGAAAAGGGAAAGCCUCUUCAAACCUCAUGAAGCGUGUCCGCAGGUCUCCCCGAGGUGGGUCUCCAGCCCUCAGGUGGCGCAGCAGAGAGGAGAAGGACAGAGGACCAGAGCCUCGGAGGUUCAUGCCAGCCAGGGUCCCCGGCCCCGCGUUAGACCCCAGCGCACCAUCCCCCCCACCGCUCACAUGCAUGCCCAUGUAUUAUGGGGAAGAUGGCACCCAGUCCAGGAGGUACUGCAGGAGGUGCAGAGAUGCUGGCUACAAGAGGGUGAAGACACCUGUCUACUGCAGGAAGUGCCAGGUCCCUCUGUGCCUCACUGCCAAGAAGAACUGUUUCACAGAGUGGCACGACUAAGCACUCACAUCCAGGAUGGUCUGCCAGUGUGUUGUUUUCACCUACCUCUAAAAUAGAGUGGAUUUCUUUUAUAUUGUGUUUAAUGUUUGAAAUAAAUCUGCUCCAGUUGCAGUCAAACUUAA